GGGAGGGGGAGGAGGUAGAGCGAGAUCAGCAGCAGCAGCUCAUUAACUUCAGCACCUGGACAGCGACGGUCGCACGGGCUGACGGCGGCUGAGGACGAUGCGAACGGGGCGCGCGGAGGAGCGAGGCUCGCGCUUGGGAUGCUGUGAGAGAGCAUGCGCCUGGUCUCGCGCUGCGGGGAUGACUGCUGCCUCCGCCUGAGAUAACGGAGCAAAACAACAUCAUCAGCAGGAGCAGAACAGACGCAGCAGGGCUACAGCUGGCUUCCGUAGGACCCUCCGAGACUGGGGUUGGGGGUGGGAUCAGGGGGUGAUCACAACACACCCUCGCGCGCGCGCUCCUGGCGGUGCUUCUUUGUUUACACUGGAAUAAAAGUGAAGAUGGGCCGGGUUCCAGGGCUCGAGCUGAUCUGGAUGCUGGGGAUGCUCAGCGCGUGCACGGCCAGCGUCAAGGCUCGUGCAGCUUCUCAGCGUUGUGACGAGGUGCUGGCCACGCCCCUUCCCUACAGUGCUUUCAGCAGCUCCUCGGUGCUGGCUCCUGAUUUCGGCGCUGGCUACGCUAAACUGAACCGCAGAGUGGGUAACGGAGGCUGGUCACCGCUGGACUCGGACAGGUACCAGUGGCUGCAGGUGGAUCUCAGAGGCAGGAAGCAGAUCAUGGCUAUAGCCACCCAGGGCAGAUACAGCAGCUCGGACUGGACCAAGCAGUACCGGAUCCUCUACAGCGACACGGCCAGUAACUGGAGGCCGUACCGACAGGAUGGAAACAUAUGGACCUUUUCAGGAAACUGGAACUCGGAGAGAGCGGUGCGGCACGAGCUGCAGUACACUGUCGUGGCUCGAUAUCUGCGCUUCAUACCCCUCGAGUGGAGCGAGGAGGGGAGGACUGGUCUGAGGGUGGAGGUCUACGGCUGUGCUUACUGGGCGGAUGUGAUCAGUUUCGAUGGGCAGGGUGUGAUCCCCUAUCGCUUCCGACACAAGAAGAUGAAGAUCCUGAAGGAUGUUAUCUCCCUGAGGUUUAAAACCAGUAAAGGAGACGGGGUUCUGAUACACGGGGAGGGGCAGCAGGGAGACUACAUCACCCUGGAGCUCCGCAGAGCCAAGCUAGUGCUACAGAUCAACCUAGGAAGCAACCAGUACGGUUCCAUCCAGGGUCACACGUCAGUGUCCAGCGGCAGUCUUCUGGAUGACGAUCACUGGCACUCGGUGCUGAUUGAGAGAUACCGGCGCAGUGUGAACUUCACCCUGGACCAACAGACCCAGAGCUUCCGCACCAACGGCGAGUUCGGCCAUCUGGACCUGGAUUACGAGAUCAGUUUUGGAGGGAUGCCUCUAUCUGCCAAGCCCAUCUCCGGAGGCCCGCAGAACUUCGUGGGUUGCAUGGAGGGCAUCCUCUACAACGGAGACAACAUCACCAACCUGGUCCGCAGGAGGAAACUGGACACGUCCACCUUCCGUAAUCUGACCUUCUCCUGCUCGGCUCCUGAGACCUACCCGGCCUUCUUCAACUCCACCAGCACCCUGCAGCUGCCGGGGCACAGCGACGCGGACACGGUGUCGGUCAGCCUGCACUUCCGCACGUGGAGCCCCAGCGGCCUGCUGCUGUUCACCCCGCUGAUGCCCGGCGGCGUGGAGCUCAGCCUGGUGGAGGGGAAGGUGGUGGUGCACAUCUACAUCUCACAGGGGAAGAACACACGCGUGGAUAUCUCCUCAGGUUCUGGUCUUAAUGAUGGGCAGUGGCACAGUGUUCAUUUCCUGGCUCUGGAGAGCUUCGCCAUGCUGACCAUCAACGGUGAUGAGAUGUCCUCAGUGAGAGCCACCCUGCCCAUGCAGAUCCGCACAGUGGGAGAAUACUACUUUGGAGGCUACUUUCCUCGGACGGACCUUUCCCCAUCACAGCGCUCCUUCCAGGGCUGCAUGCAGCUCAUCCACUUGGACGGAGAGCCGGUGGACCUGCACGCUGUGGAGCAGGGCAAGAUGGGAAGCUUCGAGAACGUCAGCUUGGACAUGUGUGCCGUCAUAGACAGGUGUGUCCCAAACCACUGUGAGCAUGGAGGCAGGUGUUCUCAGACUGGCGACACGUUCAGAUGCUCCUGUGAUGGAACUGGAUACACUGGAGCAACCUGCCACACAUCUAUCUAUGAGCAGUCCUGUGAGGAGUACAAGCACCUGGGCCGAACCUCCGACUCGUACUGGAUCGACCCGGAUGGGAGCGGACCUCUCGAGCCCUUCAGAGUCAGCUGCAACAUGACAGAGGACAAAGUCUGGACUAGGCUGGCGAAUGACCUUCCGCCUCAGACUGCAGUGAACGCAGGUUCUGAUCCAACACAGGGAACCGUACUGAGGCUCAACUACAGUGUGUCCACUGACCAGGUAAACGCAGUCACCAGCAGCGCCGAGCACUGCGAGCAGCAUGUGGCCUACGCAUGCCGUAUGUCACGCCUACUCAACUCACCAGAUGGCUCGCCGUACACCUGGUGGAUCGGCCGAGGGAACGAGAGGCACUUCUACUGGGGCGGCUCGGGGCCAGGAAUCCAGAAAUGUGCCUGUGGUAUUGAGCGAAACUGCACCGACCCCAACUACUACUGCAACUGUGACGCUGACCAACGACAGUGGAGGGAGGACGCAGGUGUGCUGAUGUAUAAGGAUCAUCUACCCGUCACUCAGGUGGUUGUUGGGGACGUACAGCGCUCUGGAUCGGAGGCCAGGCUUACCGUCGGGCCGCUCCGCUGCCAGGGAGACCGAAAUUACUGGAAUGCUGCGUCCUUCAACACACCAGCAUCAUACCUGCACUUCCCCACGUUUCAAGGAGAGACCAGUGCAGAUAUCUCCUUCUACUUCAAGACCUCGUCCUCAUACGGCGUCUUUCUGGAGAACCUGGGCAACACAGACUUCAUUCGGCUGGAGCUGAAAUCUGCCUACAUGGUGUCCUUCUCGUUCGACGUGGGUAACGGUCCAGUAGAGAUGUCCGUGCGCUCGCCGACGCCCCUGAACGAUGACCAAUGGCACAGGGUGGAGGCGGAGCGCAAUGUAAAGGAGGCGAUGCUACGACUGGAUAAACAGCACAGGGAAGUGAGAGCAGCUCCACCUCAGGGCCACACCCGCCUGCAGCUCUACAGUCAGCUGUUUGUGGGAGCCUCCGGAGGGCAGAGGGGUUUUCUGGGAUGCAUCCGCUCGCUGAAGAUGAACGGCGUGACCCUGGAUUUGGAGGAGAGGGCGAAGGUGACCCCGGGGGUGAAGCCGGGCUGCUCGGGUCACUGCUCCAGCUACGGGAUGCACUGUCAGAACGGAGGGAAGUGUGUGGAGAAAUAUAACGGCUACUCCUGCGACUGCAGCCUCACCGCCUUCGAUGGACCUUUCUGCACGGACGAUGUGGGAGGAUACUUUGAGAGUGGUACGAUGGUCCGGUAUGACUUCAUGUCAGACAGCAGCGGCUCCUCCUCUGCAGUGAAAGGUGUUCUGAGUGUGGAGGGGAAUCUGACUCAGGAGGAGCUGAGCUUCAGCUUCAGUACCUCUCACGCCCCGUCUGUUCUAGUCUACAUCAGCUCCAGGACACAAGACUACCUCGCAGUGGUGCUGCGGCACAACGGAACACUGCAGAUCCGCUACAGCCUGGGGGGCCUGAAGGAGCCCUUCACCAUCAGCCUAGACAAUCGCAACAUGGCUAACGGGCAGCCGCACAGCGUCAACAUCAGCAGACAGGAAAGACUCAUUCAGUUACAGUUGGAUCAUUACCCCAGCAUAAGCUACUCCCUCCCCGAGGCGUCUGACACCGAGUUCAAUCUGGUCAAGACCAUUUUUCUGGGAAAGGUCUUCGAAACGGGGCAGAUAGAUCCGGUGCUGAUCGAGCGGUAUAACACCCCAGGCUUCGUGGGCUGCCUCUCCCGGGUGCAGUUCAACCGCAUCGCCCCCCUGAAAGCUGCACUGAGACCGGGCAUUCCGUCCACUGCUUCCAUACAGGGGGUCCUGGUGGAGUCCAACUGCGGAGCCUUACCCCUCACCAUCCCACCCAUGUCUGCAGCCUUUGACCCCUGGCAGCCGGAAUCAGCCGGGAUCCAGUUCCCCUUCAAUGAGGAGCGGGUCAGUCGGGAUGGAGUUAACAGAGACUCUGCGAUAAUUGGAGGCAUCAUCGCCGUGGUCAUCUUCACCAUCCUGUGCACGCUGGUGUUCGUGGUGCGGCACAUGUUCCGCCACAAGGGGUCCUACCACACCAACGAGGCCAAGGGGGCGGAGUCAGCGGACUGCGCCGACGCGGCCAUCAUCGUAAAUGACCCCGCCUUCACGGAGACUAUCGACGAGAGCAAGAAGGAGUGGUUUAUUUAGUCACGUGGAGCUUCAGAGAACAUGGAAAUAAGAGAAUUUGCAGAGAGAGAGCGCCACCUAGUGGAAGCGUGAGGAUGAGGAAAUUCCGAAAUUCCACAGUGAAUCCUAAAACAUAAAACUAUACUCAAACUUGAGGGUGAAAAAUAAAAAACACGGACUCUGACGGACUCGCGCUGGCUGGCUGGCAGGCCUGUGAUGUAAUUACUGAUGUUGUAUGUGAAUGAAUGGGUACCACAAGGACUUCUUUCAAAAAUCUGAAAUCUGAAUUCUGAAUUCAUCUCAUGCACAUAUGUACGUACGUAGGAAGGCGUACUUUCCGCAUUCCAUGGACUACGAUAUACAAUAUCAAAGCAACCUGUAUUGUAUUGUAUCAUGUCUGAUUGUACCACAACUACGCCGUUAACACAGUGGACAGAUAUCUCUAGAACUGCCAGAAAAGUGAUCAACAACCCCAAUAGCACAAUAUGUAUAUUUACGUUACAGACGAUGACAUUUGAUUGUGUUUAAAUAUAUUUUUAAUGGCUGGUGUCUUCAAAACUAACUGUCCUACAAAUAUUUAGAAGCAUGGUAAUAGACUGGCAUCCAUGCCACGGUGCGUCAGUCAGUGUUAAUGCAGCACUUUUUUGUCUAAUGUAGUAGUUUAUGUUCUUGUAGUAAUCUGGAUUCUUUGUGCAUUUACGUCCAGUUUUAAAGCGUAAUUGAUAAAUUUGAUAAAUAAAACUGAUAAAAUUAAACUGA